UACGUACUGCCUUUAUGAGAAGGUUGGCGGCCUGGCUUAGAAACUGGAUUUCAUUCUCUCUUCCUGAUGCUAGCAGUUCGCCCCCUGCCUCCCGAAUUCUACCAAUAACCAUGAAAGAUUACAAUGUAGCAGAUUUUCUGUUGGAGGUGAUACAAAAAAAACCAAAUUUAGCCUCGGAAGCCGAUGCUUUUGGGUGGACUCCUCUGCACUAUGCUGCAUACUACGGCAGAGAGCAAGUCAUGGAACUGUUAUUACAAUAUGCAGGUUCUUCGGAAUUUCACAAAAAGGACAAGGAAGGAAUGUCUGCUCUUCACAUUGCAGCCGAGCGAGGCCACCUCAAGAUAGUGAAGAAGGUGGUUUCAAAGUUUCCUAGUACGUACGAACUAUUGGACAAUAGAGGCCGUACGCCCCUCCAUGUGGCUGCGGAAAGUGGGAAAAGCUUACCGAUGCUCUUGUAUCUAUUUUCGAAUGCGCCUGAUGAUCUCAUAAACAAGCGAGAUAACAGGGGCAACACGCUGUUGCAUCUGGCUGCUGUCAAUGCACGAUUCUGGACACUAGCUGGACUGGCAUCGGAUAGAAGAGUGGACAGAGGGGCUAUUAACAAGGAAGGACUAAGUUGCUUGGAAAUUCUUAAACCAAGAAUUAUGACGGUACCGUCUAGUGAGGACGUCAUCUUUUCAUUAGAGGGCCUUGGCUUUCUACCAAGUUUGCAAGCUGCAUUUCCCGGAAGAACUAUCAAAGUACAAACUACUGGGACCAGCGAACCACAAAUCGAGAGUAGAAAAACAUCAAAGCAAGAAGAAAAUGACUCAUCUAUUAAUGGAAAAACAGAACAAGGGGCAGAUGGUUCUUUUAUUAAGGAGAAGGCUAAUGUCAACUUACUUGUUGCAACCUUCGUUGCCACUGUCACCUUUGCAGCUAUUUUCACCAUGCCUUACAAACAGGAUGGUGCAACUUCUGGUCAGAAUUUGGCUUUCGGCGCAUUUGCAAUAGCGAAUUCCAUCUCAUUUGUUUUGUCAGCUGCCUCAAUGUUUCUCCAUUUCUUGGCUUUUGGAAGGAAAGGCGAAGCCCCCGAUGCAUUCUCAGGAUUCCUAACUUACUCCGGGCAACUCGUUCCAUCGGCUGUUUAUGCAUUGGUGGUAGCUUAUUCUACAGGCUCCUAUGGAGUCUUGGCUCAUUACUCUCCGAAAAUUGCUUCUUUGGCCUUCGGAUUUGGUUUAAUCUUUUUUAUUGGCCCUCUCUUCGCCUUCAUUAGACUUGUAUGGUGGGCAUCGAAAUGAUAUGGCACGCAUAUUUUAUUACAAAAUUUCAUGCUAUUAAAAAUAGUUACAUAAAUUCUAAUAAAUGUUUAAUGGCAUGGUAUCUUGUCAUACAAUGGGAUACCACUUGUUCAUCCUGUGAGACUGCCACUAUGGAUCGAUGUACCAAUAACUAUUUUUAUGUUUUCGAAAUGGUAUGUAACGUCAUCUUCCUUCCUUGACAUAUAAGGGUUGGGAACUGUUGGAAUAUUUAUGUCUUAUUUAU